UUGUAGUAGUAGUAGUAGUAAUUGUGUAUAAGCAUAGUAGUAUAAGUCCCAUUGCAAUAUUAGAAUGUAAGAACCUAAUUAUAAGAGUCGCGAAUGUAAACAGUAUACACACACUUGCUGAAUAAAUGAAGAGUCAGUCGUCGCUGAACUGUCACAGAUCGCACACUAAAGCUCAGAAGUGGUCGGACCUACCGAAGUGAUAAUUUCAAAAGAAAAAUAAAAAUCGGCAUUAAUGAAUUGUAAUCCUGGCAAUUACACAUUAAAAGAACUAAAAGCUCUGUGCGUACAAAACAAACUUAAAAGUAGUGGCACAAAAAUCGAAUUGAUUAAAAGACUUGAAAAUAUUAAAUUUGAUUGGUGCGCGCAUGAAAAAAAUAAAACAGCAAUGAAAAAAAUCAACGCCACAGAACAAACCGGUAAAAUAGACAGGGAUGAAAACAACGGCAACGGCGAAGAACAAAGUAGCGAAAACGAGAUAGCAAGAAGUAGCGACAACGACGGCGACACGAUGACGGCAACGGUUACACAUACAUACAAAGGAAUGCAAGAAACAGAAGGUUCGAGAAAAGUAACGGGAUCUUGCGAAAUAAAUGUUAACAACGAAAAUGAGAUCGUGCAAUGUUCUGAGAGGCAGAUGGUGAGCGCCAGCAACAAUGAGUCCAACAAAUGUUUAGCGAUCCCGAUGGCCAGCAACAAUGAUCCCGAGAUGCAAAUGGCUGGCAACAAGGAGUCACAACAAUGUUUUGGAAACCAAAUGAUGCGGAACAAUGUAACUAUCCAAGACAGCGAUAUUCAAAGAAUGGAAAAUGAGUUGAAAAUAUUGAAGCUGCAAAAUGAAAUCGACCAGUUAAAAAAUAAACAACAACGAAGUAACGACACAGACUCAAGCAUUUCUUUCGAAAUUUUAAAGGAGAUCGUUAAGAAAAAUUUCAAGGUCGGCGACGAGAUGAUGCGUGCGCUGAUUCACUACAAAGUUAAGGGCGAUGCUGAAAUAUGGCUGUAUUCAAGCACGAGCGCUACUAUGGACACAGCGGAUAAAAUGUUAAGCCACCUGGAGAAAAUGUUCGUAAUGUCCAAAGAAUCAAAGUUGAGUAUGCGGCAGAAGCUACAGAACUGCGUCUGGAUCAAAGGUGAGGAGUUCUCCAAGUACUACAACGAGAAGUGGCAGCUGGCGGAUAACUUAGCAAUGGCAGAAGAUGAAUUUUUGGAAUAUGUCAUUGACGGCAUACACGAUGUCAAUCUACGCAAUCUGGCUAAGUCGCGUUCGUUCAAGACCGGAUUGGAGCUUCUGGAGGCAUUCCGAAACGUUGAGUUGGGCUACGUUCCUAAGCCCAAGUUACCGGAAGACCGUAGAGCAGGAGAUUUUCAGAAGCCACGAGGUAAUGCAGAGUGCUACAAUUGCCACAGUCGGGGCCACCUGGCCAAAGAGUGCCGCAAGCCUAAGAGACAAGAUGGGGCUUGUUACGCAUGUGGCUUGCAAGGACAUGUUGCUAAGGAGUGCAACCAAUACAAGAAGUCGAAGGGCGGGGACAACGAUUAUGUAAGUUAUAUUGAAUUAACAUUUUGUACAAAGAAUAAUAGGCUGAACCCUAUGUUUAUAGAAUGUCUCAUAGAUUCUGGCAGCCCGAUAAGUAUUAUUAAAAAACGUUUUAUACCAAGUCAAAUUAAAAUGGAAAAGACUACUUCUUUAAGUUACGUUGGAUUAAAUUUAAGUAAAUUACUAAUACAUGGAAGCGUAAAAUGUUCAGUUAAAUUUUCAAAUAAAGAUACUCCUAUGUUAUUAUAUGUCGUGGAUGAUGAAUCUAUGGGAUAUGCUAUGUUAUUGGGAAGGGAUUUUUUAGCAAGAGUAAAGGCCAAAAUUGUAAUUGAUAAUGAACACGAAAAAAUAUCUGAAAUAAAAAAAGAUUCGAUAGUUGAAGAAAAUCAAAAUACAAAUAAAGAAUCUAAAAGUCAUUAUGAGACAAACGCAGACGAACAAAAUAAUUUUGAAAAACAACUAUUAUUAAUUGAUUACAAUGAUAAUGAAAAUGUAUAA